UCAUUCAAACCGUUGGAAGGUCGUUUUUUCAUUGUAUUUAACGGUAGAAACAAUAGACGAAAUAAAAUUUGAUUAAAUAUUUAUUUUUAUUUUUUUGCAAGUAUUCAGGAAGAAUUCUCUACUCUCGAUAGAAUAUGCUGGAAAUUCCGAGAAAAGAGUGUGAAUUGUGAUUACUCAAGACAAGAAAAUUGUACAUUUUCAUUGUAUAAUUCUUAUCUCUCCAAUGAUUUGGGUUAAAUAUUUUUUAUCUUAACUCAUACUCGUAUGAAAUGAGAAUGCACUUUAUCCAUUCAAACAUGUUAAAGUGAACAAAGCGGUUGAAGGUUUGAAUGAAGUAGAGGUAGCAGCAAAAUAAGAAAUAUUCAAAGAAUGAAAAAAACAGCUGUAUUGUCUAGCGAUAAGGUUGGACAUUUGUCGACCUGUCAACGAUUAUUCUAUGAGAUUUAUGGUCAUACUGAUACAACGAAAAACUAUGUUCUGAAAGAACGAUUCUCAAAGUCAGUUCCAAGGUGUAACAAUCCUCUGUUUUAGUGAACGUUUCUAUUCCCAGGAUCUCAGACGCCUAUAGGGGCGGAUGGGGCAGUAUGGACACCAGAUUUAAAUAAUAGGAUGAAUUGGAUUAAAUCUACUAUUCCAACUCCAUUCGACGUCUAUUCAGGAAAAGAAACGAUUGUCAUAAAACUGCGUCGUAGGAGUUGUAAGAUUACAAUUCCGCUCAUUGCCAGCAUCACAAGUUCGUCAGAAGCAAUAAUGAUGAACGAAUUAUUACCAUACUUCGCAUCGGGUAUCAUCGUCAAGGGUUUUGGUCGAGGUUCUAAGGCGCUCGGUAUACCAACAGCCAAUUAUCCGGAAACUGUGAUUGAGAAGCUACCAAAGGAGUUUGAUAAUGGAAUUUAUUACGGAUGGGCUCAACUUGAAGGAGAAGUUUAUAAAAUGGUUAUGUGUGUGGGAUGGAAUCCAUUCUACAAAAAUGAAAAAAAAUCGAUGGAAGUUCAUAUGCUUCAUAAAUUCAAUCAAGAUCUGCAUGGCAAGGAGCUCAAGGUAAUUGUUACUGGUUUCAUAAGGCCAGAAAGGGACUUUCCGUCUGUUGAGGCACUCAUUGCAGAGAUAAAAAAUGAUAUUGCAUGUGCGGAAAAAUAUCUUGAUGAACCAAAGAUGAUUGAGUACAAAACUCAUCAAUUUUUCAAGUGUGAAAAAACGUGAUUGAUAUCCUGAUCAAGGAGCUGGUUAUUUCAUCAUCGCCUCAUCGCGUUGGGAGAGUGCUCUGUGAAAUUGUAUACUUUUAUUAUGGUAAAAAUUUAUAAAUUAAACUAAUGAUGAAAAUAAAGUCAUCAAAUAUAAUUCA